AUGGGUGAGACGGGCAAGGAGGAGUAUCGCAUCCAGUCCUUCGACACCGACACGCAGCAGCUGCUCAAGACGGCGCUCAAAGACCCCAGCAGCGUGGACCUGGACAAAGUGGCCAAUAUCAUAGUGGACCAGUCCCUGCAAGACUGCGUGUUCAGCAAGGAGGCCGGGCGCAUCUGCUACACCAUCAUCCAGGCAGAGAGCAAACAGUUCAGCCAGAGCGUCUUCCGAAGGAGCCUGCUGAACCCGCCGCAGGCUCUGACCGCGGCUCCUGCCUCUCCGCAGGUGAACAACAUGCCCAUGAUGGCGCUGGUCAACCCGGUUUACGACUGUCUCUUCCGCCUGGCGCAGCCCGACAGCCUGUGCAAGGAGGAGGAGGUGGACUGCUUGGUGCUGCAGCUGCAUCGCAUCGGCGAGCAGCUGGAGAAGAUGAACUCGCAGCGCAUGGACGAGCUCUUCUCCCUCCUCCGCGACGGCUUCCUGCUGCAGGAGGGGCUCAGCUCCCUGUCCCAGCUCCUGCUGCUGGAGAUCAUCGAGUUUCGGGCGGCUGACUGGAAGAUGACAGACGCUGCCCAGAAAUACUAUUACAGCGAGGUGACAGAUUAGCCCCCCUGCGGCAGAGGUGGCAAGAUGUCCCCAGCACUUUCACCAGCAAGCGCCGAACCAAGUUUGGAUUUCUUUUCAUAUUAAUGUUUUUCUAGCACUUCCUGUAAAUAGGAUUUACACUGGCUAGAGCCCCCGUGCACGUAGCUGCCGGGCUGUACCUGGUGCUAGGCUGACCUUAGAGGUUUGUGAG